CACAGAUGUGCUGGGUACAUCGCAAUUUAGCCCCGUUAAUGAAGUGAUUUGGACAGCCACACUACAUAAUGUUAUUUCACAUAGUACUUGGAGCUACGCUAAGUCUGACUCGCGCUUACCACCAAAUAGAAGACAUCCCAAUAGAACAUUUCAACUUCGAACAUGACGAUCCGCAAAACAACGCCAUGGACAUUGAACUAAUGCCACGCUUCCAAAAAUCUAUUCAUAUCUCUGAAUCCCUAGAAGAUCCCAAGGAAUACUUCUUCAGCAGCAGUUACUCUCAGUACGGAGAUAGUGACUUUGAUGGCAUUCCAAACUCUGAAGAGUACAGUGGCGAAGAUGAGCUGAGGGAAAGGAUAAAAAGAGACGUAACAGAAUCUACAACAGCAACUGCUGAUGCAUCUGAAAAUGACAGGAAGAGCAUAGUCACAACUCUAGGAAAACCUUUGGAACUUGAGGUUAUUGAUCCCGAAAAUAUCACUGAGAAGACUGCGGAUGGGGUCAUAGUGGCUGUGGAGAGUGACGAAACUUCGAAUUUCUUAAUAAAUGACUUUAUUCGGUUUAAGAGAUCUACUGCUGAGACAGAGAGGAUGGCGAAGGAUGUGGCCAAUCUUAAGAAGUUAAUGGAUGAUAUAGACGAGAAAAACAAAAAUAAAUCAAACGGCUCUGACGAUGAUCCCAAAUCCCUAGUGGAGGAAAUCCAACCACCACAUACAGAAAAAUUAAUAAUGGACCACAGAGACCACGACGACGACAUGCCCAGAGAAACUCGUGGUGCUACCAAGGAUCAAUGGGUGAAACAGGUCUAUCCGGUUCGAAGAAGAGAAGAACUCGAAGAUAUCUCGGCUACACCGACUGAAAAAGAAAUCGUUAGAGCACCAAGAGUGCAUUUUGUGACACAAGGAAUGUCUGAAAGUUCACCACGCCCUGAGUAUACCAGAUACGAUCGAGAGGCCAGAGCGAGGAAUUUAAAUAAGGAGUUGUCUUGGAAUUUGGGUAGGGAUCCUUACAGGAAUAUGGAGUAUUAUUACCAACCAAGGUAUACUAGGAAUUACAUGCCUCCAUCAUCACAUUCUAACUACAGGAAUGAUCGCUAUUACAACUACGACUCAAGGGAACCCUACGAUGACUACCCUACUCGAUCCAGAUAUAGAGACUACGCUGAGAAACCAUACGAUAACUACAACUACAACAACUACAACAGUCACAAUAACUACAAUGGAAGCAAAGGCAGGCAAAGGAGAAUAGUCUACUACGCCACUUUACCAGAAAUAUCAAGAACCCCACCAAACGGCAAUUUACGAGACAGAUACGACCAAAGAGACAGAUACGAAAACAGAUACUUCUCACCAGAAUCGUCAUACCAAAUGAGGAAGCCUUAUACCAAAUCAAGCUACGAUGAGAGUGAUAACAGGAAGCCUCAGUAUCCUGUUAAGGUGUCGACUGAUGUCAAUGUUAGGGAAGUGAAGAAGAAUCCUGAAGGAAGAAUCUAUUCUGAAGUGGACAGGAACAGGUUUCCUCAAAAUUCUAACUACAGGAGUGAGAGGCCGUAG